GACCGGAACUUGUGCCGCAGCCGCACACAACCACAACAACAUUGCAUGCCGAGAGGACUUGUUUUGAUUUGUGACUGAGAUUUCCCCAGGGAAGAUUUGUUUCCACGCCUAUCAGUUCCCUUAUUAAACAGAGGUUCAACAUGUCUCACAAGAGGGGUCACAAGCGAAAUCUCUCCAAGGGAAUCCUGGAAAUGAAAUUCAUGAAGAAAAGUAAAGAGAAAGUUGACAAGGAAAAAGAGGAAUUGGAAAGUAAAGAUUUGUUUGCUGACAAUAUUAACAAAGGCAAAAACUCUGAAGGAGCUCAAUACAUCAUUGAACAGAGUAUGGUCCCUAUUGAGUCGUUGCUUAACGGCAGGAUGUCUUUUAGGGGAAUGAAUCCUGAAGUAGAACGACUAAUGCAAGAAGAGAUGCAUCACAUUCAAGAAAAACAGAAGGCUCUGGAGCGGUUACAAAGUAAUCAACCUGAAAUCAGCGAUGCAGAAAUGGCAAGGCGUUUGGGGAAGACUGUGGCUAAGAAAUUCAAAAACAAGAAUAGGAGUGAUAGUGAAGAUGACAGUGAAAAUGAAGAUAACAGUGAUGAAGAGGAGAAGAGACCUGCUAAGAAAGCGAAAUUCUUAAAACCCAAAGAUGAUUAGGGUUGCCAUAGUUGUACUUCAUAGUUUGAGAAUUGAGCAUUUUCUGUGAUAUUUUUUGUCUUUUGAAGUCUUUUUCAUCUGUCUUAAAUUUAAUUAUUUGGCAUGUAUUUCUUCAAAAUUCUACAUCAAGCUAAUUAAAAUAUACAUGCACUUAAUAGAAGUCUUUUCUUCUUUUUGCCACUUACUCCUUGCUAUUAAAAUAAAAGUAAAAUGUAGGCUUUUUUUUAAAAUAGAAACUCUGCUUGUUAUUUGAGAUAGCAUGGAGAAUAGAGGGGUAGUAACUGGUGACACUUGAGGACCCUUCCAAGAGGGUCUCUUGGUCUCUAGUCUAGCAUUUAUCUCUGCCAAUGACAACUCCAGGCAUUGUGUUUUUGGACCAAUGAAAACAAAAUAUCAACUUUCACAUCAAGUGAGCUGCUAGCAGCCAUCGCUCCCCCAGCCUGUGCUGGAUCCGGAAUGGUGUUUUUACAACUUUGAAUAAACUAUUUUUAUUGUAAAAAAAAAACAAAACUAAAGAAUAAAUUCCAAACAAACUUUU